AUGAAUCCAGCACAAUUGGCUGAAUUUGAGACAGCUUUCCAAAAGCAUUUUGACUGGGCCAACGAGUUUGAUCUUGCACAAAACAAGGGUAAAGGGCGUCUUGAGCCUAAUGCUUCUUGGGAAGAACAGUUUGCUGCAUUUGAUCAACCAAGCGAAGAAGAAAUGGCUCGUCAGGUGGAGGAAGCUGCUGCUGCUCAAGAUCCUUCUUUCGGUGAAUUUGAACAUGUAUGGCAAAACAUUCGUGACCAAAUGGCUGAAGACAAUGACUGGGAAGACGAGUUUGGUAACUUUGGCCAAGGCAAUACUAUCUAUAAACCCGACUUGGGCGAAUAUGUGUUUGAAGUCAACAAUCCUUACUUGAGCCAUCCCGAUCCUAUGGCAGAAGGUCUAAAAUUAUUGGAUCAAGGAGGUUCUUUAAGUGAUGCUGCCAUGGCAUUUGAAGCUGUGGUUCAAAAAGACCCCCAUAACUCAGAGGCUUGGAUGCACCUUGGUAAUGCUCAAGCUCAAAAUGAAAAAGAAGAACCUGCUAUUCGUGCUCUUGAACGUGCUAUUGAAGCCGAUCCUGGAAAUUUACAAGCCUUAAUGUCUUUGGCUGUAAGCUAUACCAAUGAAUCUUAUGAUCAUGCUGCUUAUCAAACGCUGGAACGUUGGAUUACGCAAAAAUACCCUGAGAUUGUGGGCAAAAUGCGCUUGCCUGAAGCUGCUUCUCCUUUUGAACUUCAUGAUAGAGUCACUGAUUUGUUCUUGACUGCUGCAAGACAAGCUCCUGAUGGUCAGUUGAUGGAUCCUGAUGUUCAAGUUGGUUUGGGUGUGUUGUUUUAUGGUAGUGGUGAUUUAGAUAAAGCUAUCGAUUGUUUCUUUACUGCCUUGAAGGGCCGUCCUAAUGUAAGUUCAUAUAAAUCACUUUUUGAUUACUUGUUGUGGAAUCGUAUGGGUGCUACAUUGGCCAACAAUGGUCGUUCAGAAGAAGCUAUUGAUGCAUACCACAAGGCACUUGAAUUACGCCCAUCAUUUGUUCGUGCUAGAUAUAACAUUGGUGUCAGUUGUGUUAAUAUUGGUUGUUAUAAAGAAGCUGCUGAACACAUCUUAACUGCACUUUCAAUGCACAAGCGUGGUCAUGGGGAUUCAGAAGAAGGUGUUAAUGUGUCAAACAACUCUUGGGAAAUGUUAAGAAAGGCUUUCAUUAUGAUGGAUCGUCGUGACUUGGCUGACAAGGCAGUUGUAGGAGCUGACUUAAACCAAUUCCGUCCAGAAUUUGAAUUCUAA